CUUGUUUGUUUUGUGAUUCCAGGUGCUUAGUAUAUUUUCUUUCUUUCCUAUGUCGUCUGUUUCUUACCAGUGUGCCGUUUUUCGUUCCGUACCGCAAGCAUGUUGUUCAAAUCCUCAGACCCUUGGCCGCACUCGCAUCACGAUUUGAUAAAUCACUACCACGCUCAGUAUGACAAAGCUGUCGCAUCUGGAGAAUACCAACCCUUUCUAUAUCCCUGGGGAACAAUCGGUGCGCUUGUUGUCAUUAUAUACCUUCUUGUCCCACAUCAGAAUCGGCCAUGGCUCAAGAGGUCUCGAUACUUGGCGUUUGCAUGGAUGACGGGCUUUGCAACGUACAGUAAUUUAUACACAAGGACGAGGGCCGUAGCGCCAGCUUUGGGGAUUGGCCUAAUCAAUGCAUGGAGCGUGGCGUGGGUGGGAGCAAUUAUAGUGUGUAACGAUGCACAAACGGACUUCAUGCGUAUUGAAAGAAUGGAAGGCGUUUUCGGAUCCGAUCGAAACCAAGCAAAAGAGAAGAACAGACCGAAUAGCAGUGCUGAAAAUGCCAAAGAAGAUACGGAACAUGCUACAGAAGAGGAUGUCGUCAAUAGUUCAGCCGGACCAAGAGAUCGCCAUGGCCAGUUCGCAUGGCAGCCUUAUCCGCUCAGGCCUUUCGCCGAGCGUCUCGACUGGGUCCUGGAUAUAUUCUGCAACUUCCGCGGCAUGGGCUGGAACUGGCGAACUUCUGCUCUCCCACCGCCUCCCAAGUUCAUCCAGGAGCAACUACACGCCAACUCAGGUGACGUGGUGCCAAAACACUCGUACAGGAUCCACGAUGGACAAGUAAAGCUCUAUACAGACAGGAAAGAGUUGCUCAGGAAGAAUGCGUGGACAUUUGUAAAAGGUUACUUCAUCAUAGAUGCACUGAAGACGACAAUGAUGUGGGAUCCUUAUUUUUGGGGCUAUGUCGACAGAGCACCACCGACAUACCUUCCUUCCAUCCUCACAAACAGUCCGGUCCUAACUCACAUAUACCAUCUGACCCUGUCUAUGCUCGCUGUCAAAUACGCGCUCCAAACCAUCUUCUCCCUAGGACCGCUCGUCUUCUCUGGUUUGCUCUCUCCCUCUCUCCUCGGAGCGCGUGCAGAACCGUGGAUGUACCCCGAAACCUGGGCACCGUAUAGCGUCGUUCUAAACAAAGGACUAGCCGGGUGGUGGGGAAGUUGGUGGCACCAAACUUUUCGGUUUGCAUUCCAGGAACCAAGCCGCAAGCUUAUUGAGGUUUUUGGUAUGGAUAAGAAGAGUCCUGCAGCAAAAGCUUUACAACUGUUCAUCGCUUUCUUCUUGAGCGGCUUCGUACACGGUAGUGGGAGUUGGACUUGUGCUGGAGACACCCGACCACUUCGAGGACCAAUGGCAUUCUUCCUUCUCCAAGCGCUCGGUAUCUUCGCUGAAGUCACUUUAACACAAGCCGCGAAAUCCGCUGGACUAGGUCGCAAUCUACCUGGUUCACUGAAGCAGGGAUUCACCUUCCUCUAUGUCCACGUCUGGUUCUACUUCACAGCCCAUCUUCUCUGCGACGACUUUGCGAGAGGUGGUGUAUGGCUUUUCGAGCCGGUUCCUCUUUCCUUGUUCCGAGGUCUAGGAUUCGGUCCUGAUGCAAGAGACGGAUUGUGGUGCUGGGGUGGGCAACUGGUACGGUGGCAUAGCGGAGAUACAUGGUGGACAACUGGUAUUGCAUUCUAGAGUAUUAAAGAUUCGAUCGUCUUCAAGUUUUGUAUCGCAUAGCUUUGAGUGUGUGCAAGAAGCGUAGUAGACUGUAUUGAUAAGACAAUGGAUUCAGGUAGAACGUGAAACAAUGAUUUUU